AUGAAUCGUUCUUUUACUUCAAUUAUUAAAUCUAAAUUCUUUCAAAAUAAUAGUAACAAUGAUAAUAACAACAUAAAUAAUUAUGCACCAACUACAAAAACUGACACUUUGCCAGAGAACACUUCUGAAAUUGAUAGUCAACAACAGCCUUCCUCUUCUAAACCAUAUAUACAACCUGUUGUAAAUACAUCUGGGAUUAAAAGCAGAUUAAACUCAAACUCCAGUAACACAAGCAGUACUAACACAAAUAAUAGCAAUAGUUCAAGCAGAGGUGUUUCUUCCAACGCGAGCAAUACAGUUAAUAAAGAUACCCAAUCAGGAAAUGAAAAUAAAACUGCAACUAGUAAUUCCAAUUUGUUUGCAUUAUUUAACAAUUUGACGAUUAAUACAUCACCAAGCAAUAGCCGUGUAACCUCAACUACAACUUCAAUUUCAAAUUCAAAUACCCCACUAAACUCUAUGUCUAUGUCAAAUACCAAUUCAAUUGUUUCCAAAAGAAACUCACAGAGGGAUGAGUUAAAUUUACAGAAUAAACCUCUACGAAACAUCUCAACAUCUCCAAAGAGGAAAACAUCACCUCAAUCUGAUUCCAAAAUAUAUAGUAAACAUUCUAUUCCCAACACAAACAAUAAGCCGGGUCCAUCACCUAUUUCUACAUCAUUAGCUAAAAAUACCGUGACAAACCCAACUAGGCCUUCCAGAUUUAGAGCACUUCGACAGAAACUAUCUUUUCCUGAUAUGCCUUUUAGAAGCAAUAAUAAUACAACCAGUAAUAUAAACAGUGCUAAUAGUAGUACCAAUACUAGUUCUAGUAACAUUGCUGGUUUCAAUAAUAGUUUUACAAAUACUUUAAACCCCAUAUCGACUCAAUCUCCAAAUAGAGAAACUAAAUUUUUUGUUUCAUCUCCAACGUUAUCUGAAGCUUCAUCUGCUUCUGUAUUCCCAAUAAAUUUAAAUGAAAAUAGACUUGUAGAUAAUACACAUCUAUUAUCAGAAAAUAAUAUACCCACUAUUGAAAACAUAAUAGAUCCUCCAAAGAAAUUGUCUACCCCGCCAUCACAAGCAAUAAAAAUACCCCAAACUCCUUUAUCAUCGUCGAACUCAAAUAAUAAUAGUAAAAAUCCAUUUAUUGUAGAUUUAGAGGCUCAAAAUAAUAUUAAUAUUACAACUCCCAUUGCAACUCCAAAUAUUGCUCAUACACAACCAUACAAUCCAAGUAUUAUAAGUCAUAGAGAUCGAAGUUCAACAGGAACCGAUAGUAUAAUAGGAGCUCACUCCAUGUCUUCAUCUUCAAAUAUAAGAUGUAUUCCAUAUACUCAAAACAGUACCCAUCUGUCUUCUUCUAUUAUGCUUACUUCAAAUAAAUCUUCUAGAUGUUCAAAUUAUUCUUCUAUUUCAAUUCCAAAUUCUCCGAGUCAUUACAAUGUUCCUUUGCAAGGUAUUACCAAUACAAAUAAUAGCACAUCUACAAAUUUAACUAAUGAACAUAUUUCUUCAUAUAGAACAAAAAAUAAUUUAAUUUUAGAAGGUGGUAGAAAACGUAGUAAGACUGUUGACGUGUUCGAUUAUAUUAAAAAAAAUACAAAUCGAAGCAGUAUUUCUAAUGUAGCUCCAAAUCAAACUUCGUAUUAUCCAUCAGGGUUAACUACAAGUAUUACUAUGAACUCAAACUCAAGCUCAAACUCAAAUCCUACUUCCUGUUCAAAUCCUAGUUUUAAUUCAAAUUCAAACACUACUAGCAAAAAUAAUAAAUUGCACUCAGGUAAUGCUAGCACCAAUGCAUCAAAUUUAAAUAUGGAUACUUUAUCACCACUCACAAGAAAAUCUUUGGAUGAUUCUUCCAUUCAAGCGACUAAAAAACCAGCUAUAGAGACCAGAAAUAAAACGUCUCUUCCAACGCCAUCAACUAGCAAAUUACAUUCCAGCACUGUCACCCCUACUGCGACACCUUUCGCUACCCCUAUAUCAACACCUUUAAAUCACAAUGUUAAUAAUACUGAUGUUACUACUCACUUCCCCCCUCUGAAAGAUGUAGCACCAAGUGCGUUGUCUUAUCCAAAAAGGCCGGUUAGACCACACAGUAAGACUGUUUCAAGUCCAAAUAGAUUUUCAAUGCUAUUAAAGAGAAAUACUACUAAAGAUUUGGAUUUUACAAAAAAUUUAACUUCUGAAUUUUUAGAGCCUGAUUCAUCUUUAUCUAUCAAUGAAAAUUCAAAUUUACAAUUAAAUCAUUUUAAUACUUCAACUUUCCCAAUGAGCUCUUCUAACAUGGGGACUGGUAAACCAUUGAUCAAUCCACCUUCUUUUCCUUCAUCAAAUAAUAAUAGCUCCUAUUCGUUAAGAAGGAAGAGAAGCAGUUCAUUAGUAAAUGCUCUUAGUAGUUUUGUUAAUUUAAGAUCGUAUAGUUCGUCUUCAACUAGAUCUCAGCAAUAUGUACCAUCUAAAUUAAGGGACCCACUAGAGAAUUUACCUCCUCCUCCCGAACCUAAACAAAAUGAGGCAUAUGAUGAUUAUCUUUUAAGAAUAUCCAAUUAUGAAAAAUAUAUUGGUAUAAUUUUAAUUGAAAAAGAUGAUGAGUAUAAAAAGCAAUGCUUACACCAUUUUAUCUCCAAAUAUUUUGAUUUUAGAAAAGUGCCGUUAGAUAUUGCUCUAAGAGAACUUUUAAUGUUUUUAGAAUUACCAAAAGAAACUCAACAAAUUGAUAGACUGCUGAUCGAGUUUAGUAAUGUGUAUUAUAUUUGUAAUUCGAUAUAUUCAACGUUCUUCCCAUGGGAAAGUAAAGAACAAGUUUAUUUCUUAACAUUUUCGUUAUUGAUUCUGCAUACUGAUUAUUUUAAUCCAAAUAACAAAACUAAGAUGGCUAAAGAAGAAUUUUUUGACAUGGUCCAUGGGGAUACUUAUUCAUCGGGGAACCUAGUGCCUCAUGGCGUUGUAAAUUAUUUUUUUGAUAAUAUAACUUCCAAGGAAUCUCCAAAAUUUGAAAUAAUUUGUAAUAAACUGAACCCAUACUACGACGUUUUUGAAAAUACGAAUAUAAGUAAUGAUUCUAACGAAUUUGUUAAUGAUACUCAAGGUGAACUUAAAUCAGAAACUAAUUCAUCAAUUGAUAACGAAACUUUUGACAAAAAGUAUCUAGUCAACAUGAAUUCAAUGAUAAACGAUGACAAUACUUUUUCUGAAAAUAAUAAUAAUAAAGAUUACUCAAAGUCAGAAGAAUUUGAUUCAAAUAUAAUAAUAUAUUCACCAAUGGAAUUAAUCAAAAAUAAAAAAGUAUACUUACCUAACUCAAAUCUUAACUUAUCCAUAAUCAAUACAAAUAAUACCAUUGCGACAUCGACAAACAAUAACAUAACAAAUACCAACCCCUUAACUGUAACAAAUACGAAUAAUAGUUCUACUACUAACUUACCACCUACAAAUACAAGUACUGGCUUAUGGAAAAAUAGAUCUGCAUCUAGCUCUAUUUCAACGUAUAUCACUGGUAAUAAUGAUAGCUCAAAUAAAAAUGAUAUUGAUAUUUAUAGCUACAUCCUAAACGAUACAUUGCAAGAUAUCUCAAUGAAAUGGAAAGUAUAUAAAACUUGGAAUAAAAAUGAAAAAUACGAAGAUAUAUUUUUAAAUGAACAUUUUGAUGGAGAUUAUAUCACUAACCUUGAUAAACUGGAUUCUCAUUCUACUUCACCGUUACCUAAUCCCUAUUUAAAAUUAUUUUCGAUUUUAAAUGAAGUGAAAGGUGGAUAUUUAAAGAUAAAAAGAAACGAACUUAAUAAGUUUGUAUCAUCUACAAUGUCUAUCGAUGAUUUUGAAAUAGUCAAUAAUAAUUUGGAAAAAGAAAAUGGAAAAUAUUUGUAUCUUAAAAUUAUACAAAUGGGAGAAAUUAAAGAAAUUAUUAAGUCUACAGGUUUAACAAGUAACAUUUAUAACAAGAAUAAUAAGAAACGGAGAAUAUUUAUCAUACUUACAACUGUGGCAAUGUUUAAAUUUAAUAUAAUUGAUUGGAUCAAACCAGAAACAAUUUAUGAUGAAAUAACUGGUAAUACAAAUUAUAUUAUCGAGUAUGAUUCGACAUUGAUGUCUACUGCCAAAGAAAUUGUUAAUUUGUCUGGUAUUUUUGCUACCUCAAGCGAAGAUGUUGGCAGAUUUGAAAGACACAAAACAAAACAAUCUCAGGAACAUAUUUUAUACGUUUAUUCAAAUAAUAAUCAAAAAAAUAUUUGGUACUGUACUAAUUUAAAAGAAAGUAAUACAUGGAAAGAUUCAAUAAAUUUAAUAGGUGCUCAUAAUGGCUGUGAUUUUUAUCCAGACGAGUUUGCAAAUCAAGUAAUUCUUAAGAGAAAAAUUUCAAUAGAUGAGAGAAUUAACAACUUAAAAAUUGCAGAAAUUUAUAAAAGAGAUAACCUUAUUGAAGACGAAAAAGAAUUAAGCUUUUACAAGUAUGCUAUCCCAAUUAAAGCCAAAACCAGAAGGGAGUUAGAAAUACAUAUUAAACAAGUAAUAGCCAAGAUGGAGUGGAUGCUAGUAGAGCUUUGGAGAGACAUGACCUACAUUUACAUUUUGAAAUGUUUAUCCCAAAAUAAUGAAUUACAGAAAGAAGGAACUUUGACGAGUGAUUCAGCAAGUAGUCAUUAUGAUACUAUUAUUGAUAAUAAAGACUUGUUUACGGAUAAACUUUAUCCACCGGAAGCUGUCAUUCAAGAUAAAAUAUUAGACAAUUCAAGCUUAUCGAAUGAGGAACAAAAAUAUCAAGAUAACUCUAUGGAGAAUAUCACUUCACAAGAUAAUCAAAAUAAGUUUUUUACAAAUGGGACUGACUAUUUAUUCAAGGAUACUAACCUUACUCAAUGUCUUCCCGAUGAUCAUUCUGAAGAGGCAGACGUUCAUUGGGGAGCCAAUGUCCAGCAUCCAACCGACACCUCCCGUAAGGUUUAA